AUGAGUGGUGUCGCGAAGGAGGAUGGCCCGGCCGAGCAACCCGGGAGCUCUAAGCCUGACCACGAUGUGCUUGCUAAGCUGCUGGGCCUUCGCCAGGCAAAUGCCGACAUGACCAUGAAAGAGCUCGCAGACGCUUGUGGCCUUUCCAAAGAGCGGGCCAAACGGUUGCUGGCGAAAGCACAAACGGUGGAUGUAGGUUUUCAGACAGGCUCAGCGACACUUGGUGCAGAGUUCCACCGAUGCCUUGUGGACCUCUUGGAGCAGUCUAAGUUGCAGGAAGUUCUUCAUGGGGUGCUGACGAUGGUCUCUUUCAAAGAUUCAGAAAGAAUCCGGAGCUUUGCUGAGACAUCGCCACACCGAGUCCCACCAAUGCCGGAGCCAGCAGAGAGCUUGUACCCUCUGGGAUCUUGCAAGCUUAUGUCAACCUUCGUGGGUAUUCUAGGAAGUCAGUUCACUGCAGAAGACAAGUUUGCCCAGCGGACGUUCAGCUCCAGCAGCCUUGACCCGACCCUCACACUCCCCCGAACACCGAAUGCAAUGGAAAGCAUUCUCCUGAAAGAGGUGCAGGCUGCCAUGGAGCUCAUCAAACAGCCGCCAGGAAGACUUGGUGUCACGCUUACCGUGAGCGUGACAGAUGUCCACGCGCAGGAGAACCCGAAAGAGGCCAGCGUGCCAAGACACCGCGCGCACUUCGCGCACACGUUCAACCUGGUACUGACCUCCGGAUCGAAGGAUGACCAAGUUGAGGCAAGGUUGUACUCCGCAUGGAUCGAAAGCGACCUAAGAGCGUGGCUGAAGGCCAAGAACAAGCCGCAAUUCCUGCUAUCCGACGUCAUGGAGUUUGUGCACAAGAUAAACCAAGUGGAGACCGCGAGCAUUUGGACUAAAGAGAUAAACGAGGUGUGGAACAGCCUCUUCAAUAUCAACUUGCCAGUGCUUGUCAAGAGGCGGUGGCCUGUGCGUACACAUGUACGCGUACUCUCUGCAACGUUUGACCAAGACGAGUUGCAGAGGUCAGCUGGGCUGUUUCGUGCCGCCAACUGGCAUAGCAGUGGCAUGUUCGGCUAUAUGUAG